CUCCCUCUGAUCUAGCCGAGAGGACAAUGGGCGGAGGGGAGCCGCAGAGUCGUUGAGGAACUUCCGGGAGCCUGAGAACGUACGCCCUCUGCCUCGUGGCGCCCACUCCCGGGCCCUGGAGGCCCCGCGGCUGCCGUAGGGCUGCAGUCGCCCCAGGAAUCACUUCCUCUGGGACGAAGUGGGGCGGAGCCUAGGGGAGGGCUGUGAGCGCUUUAGGCUCCGCCCCUCGGUCGGAAGAUUUAAUUUCAAGUCCGUGUUGGCCAAAGCCCCGAACUCAGAGCACGAAAAUCAGCGCCAUGGCCACCAUGACUUUGGGAUACUGGGACCUGCGCGGGCUGGCUCACGCCAUCCGCCUGCUGCUGGAGUACACAGACUCCAACUAUGAAGAGAAGAAGUACGCGAUGGGGGACGCUCCCGACUAUGACAGAAGCCAGUGGCUGAGUGAAAAAUUCAAGCUGGGCCUGGACUUCCCCAAUCUGCCCUACUUAAUUGAUGGCGCUCACAGACUCACCCAGAGCAACGCCAUCCUUCGCUACAUUGCUCGCAAGCAUAACCUAUGUGGGGAGACGGAGGAGGAGAGGAUUCGUAUGGACAUUUUGGAGAACGAGGUUAUGGAUACCCGAAUGUCCCUGGGCAGGAUUUGCUACAGCCCUGAAUUUGAGAAACUGAAGCCUGAUUACUUGAAGGCGCUCCCUGAAAAGAUGAAGCUCUUCUCACAGUUUCUGGGAAAGAGGACUUGGUUUGCGGGGGACAAGCUCACCUAUGUGGAUUUCCUGGCUUAUGACGUCUUAGACGUGCUCCGUACAUUCGAGCCCAAGUGCCUGGAUGCCUUCCCGAACCUGAAAGACUUUGUGUCCCGCUUCGAGGGCCUGAAGAAGAUCUCUGCAUACAUGAAGUCCAGUCGCUUCCUCCCAAGACCUUUUUUUGGAAAGAUGGCCUCGUGGGGCAACAAGUAGGGCCUUCACAGCCAGGAGAAGGGUGCAAGAAGCCAGCGCUGUGCUUGCUAUGCCUGGGCCCUGGAGAAGAGCCGGAUAUCCCAGAACCACCAGAACCAGCUGUCUUGUUCAUUUGUCCUUUUCUUUCCUUCACUGAGGCCCUAUUUAGCCCCUUUUCUUUCCCCAGUCCCAAUUCACCCACUUCUAAAUGCUAUGCAGCACCCCAGUUUUCUCUGUGAAGUCUCUCCCCAAUAUUGUCCUUCCUGCACUAAAGCCAACCAGACUGGCCUUCCUUUCAGUGGUUUCUCUGGUUCAAGGAGCCCAACCGGACCCCUGGCCUGGAGAGCUCAGCCCUGAGUAUUCACCACUGCCCUGAACUCCAUGUAUUUAGAAUGGGGUGUAUGAGCCCCAGGUGCUCGGCACACCUGAGGUCUGUUCUGCUUUGCUCACCCCAAGGCCUGACGCUCUCUGCCUACAUGAAGUCUAGCCAUUUCCUCCCAGUACCUCUCUUUCUAAAGGUUGCUCUCUGGGACGACAAGUAGGUCCAUGUAACAGUCGGGAUUGGGGUGCAAGGAGCACACAGUGGCCCUGGAGAACAGAUGGACUUCUCUGCACCUUUCGAACCAGCUCUCUUACUUCUUUCUCUUUUUUACUCCCUUCGGCCUCCCACCAUAUGCCUUAUUGGCCUCAUAUCGUCUUCCCCACCCCCUUUCCUCCAAGCCCUCUAAAGCGUCGGCUCCCCACUUUUCUUCAGCAAUGUUCCUACCCCCAUCCACAUUACCCCUCUUGCAGUAAAUCCAACCAGACUGAUGUUCCUUUCAGUAGUUGCCCUGCUUUGAGGAGCCUGACUGGACCCCUGGCCUGCAGAUCUCACCGCUGAGCUCCCAGCACUGCCCUGAAGACCAGCUCACCGAGCAUGGUCCCUGCUCGGCCCUGCCUGCUCGCUAAUAAAGCCUUAAUCACACA